AUGGCUUCCCGCACUGUUGCAGCGCUGCUUCUGGUCGCCCUUGUGGGGGCCGCCGUCGCUUCCUUCGCCCUCGCUGCGUCACCGCAGACGAUCAUCAGGGUCCGUGGAGUUGGGCCCACCUUCAAGCAGGGCGACUACCCCAAUGCGCUCGGCUCUGCAAGGAUCUUCAGCUACACCGCCUAUUCAGACUUCUAUGACAAGAGCGUCGUCUACGGCCAGGUGACUGGAAAGUGCGAUGUGGUCAACGCCUUCCCCGGAGGCUCUGUGGAGAACUGCCAGUACUCCUUCGACUUCGACGCAGGCAAGGCUCGGACUUUCUUUUCUUUCUGGGACCUGCAGUCUGGCCAGAUCAUGGUCAUCGGCAACGUGCACUCCGACUACCGCCCCGAGAGCUUCCUGGCCCUGGUGGGAGGAACCCGCAGCUACCGCGAGGUCACCGGGCAGAUGCAGCGCCGCGUCAUUGCCGCCGACAAGCGUAUCUUCCCCAACGAGGACUCUGAGAACGAGUACAUCCUGGCGCUCAGCGCUUAA